CUGCUUCCUGCGUCGUCACUCGGCAGCGGCGAGCUCGCGCUGUUCUGGGUACAUCCCAGUGUCCGCGAGAUCGGACGGCUGGAGCGCGAGCGGGAGCGCGCCGGUCCCCUCUGCGGAGCGCAGCGGUUGCUCUAUCCUUAGGAGCGGGCAGACAGGGAGCGCGCGCGGACAUGGCGAGGCAAGAGCAGGUCCUGCUGCUGGAGCCACAGCACGAGCUCAGGUUCCGAGGUCCGUUCACCGAUGUUGUCACCGCGACGCUGAAACUCGCCAACCCAACGGACAAAAAUGUGUGCUUUAAAGUGAAGACCACUGCUCCGCGCCGGUACUGCGUCCGGCCCAACAGCGGCGUCAUCGACGCAGGGACUUCCAUCAACGUGUCUGUUAUGCUGCAGCCGUUUGAUUAUGAUCCGAACGAAAAAAGCAAACACAAGUUCAUGGUUCAGUCCAUAAUUGCUCCAGCUGACAUGACGGACAUGGAGGGAGUGUGGAAGGAGGCAAAACCAGAGGAUCUCAUGGAUUCCAAGCUUAGAUGCGUCUUUGAGCUUCCAUCAGAGAAUGAGAAAACGCAUGAUAUUGAUACCAACAAAGUGCUCUCCUCCAACCUAAAGUCAGAACCCUCCACGCUGUCUAAGUCGGUGAGCUCUUCCCUCGAUGAUGGCGAAGUGAAGAAAAUCAUGGAGGAGUGUAAAAGGCUGCAGAUGGAGGUCCAGCGACUACGCGAAGAAAACAAACAGUUCAAGGAAGAUGAUGGUCUUCGGCUGAGAAAGGGCACAUCGGUGUCUGCCUCUCCCUCUUCGUUUUCUCCGCCAGCCUCGGGUUCGAUGUUGAAGGAGGAGGGCCCGAACACCAGAGCCCUGGCCCUGUGCGUGGUGUUCUUUGUCAUCGGUGUCAUCAUUGGGAAGCUGCUCUUGUAGACAGACAGCUUCAGCAUGCCUCAUGGAUGAAACCAAGAAAUGGGCUUUGGAGUUCUGAUCAGAAUGCCAUAUCAUGUGCAUAGAGGUGAAUAGUUCAGUACUCAACAAAAGAAGGUAAUCCAAUAUAUAAUAAUAAUAAUUAAAAACAGUGACAGGUCUUGCUUUUUAAUAAUUGUGUAAUCCUUUGUGUCCUCCACCUCCCUUGCACAGACAGAAGUGAUCAAGGGGUAACAUUAGAGCGAAACGUGUACAGCGAAACCAAUAAAUCGAAAGACUCUAACGUUACUGUUAGCAAGGCUUUUCUAAAAAUCAAACACUAAUGUGGCCGAUGGAGUCGGGUUCGAUUGAGUUGAAAUGGCAUCGCGUGGUUCUGUUCUAAGGCAGCGCGCUGUCUGUGUGGAGUCGCGGCAGAGUUUCAGAACGGGGGCUCUGGAGAAGGGGCCGCAGCUGCUUUCUCACUGUCCAUCAGCUCCAUUUUUAAACGGGGGGGAAGAAAUGUAUACUGUAAACAAAGCUGGGGCAAAACCCUUAUAUGGGGAGCAGAGUGGUGGCUGAUGGGUAAUUUAGUGUGACGAUGAAACACUGUUCAGUGACGUGGAGCACAUUCCACUUGCUGGGAUUAGUGUGGUCAGACAUUUAAUUGGUAGUAGUUACUCAAUCGCUGGAGUCCACAAAAUGCAAUGAAGUUUUCCAUUUUUGAUUCCUGCAGUUUUUUUUUUUUUUUUUAAUUUUUUAAAUUUUUUUAUUUUUCGGGAAGUCCUUUGCCUUGAGGGAGUUGAACGUUGUCCUUGCAGAGCGAGUCCCACAUGUUGAGAGAAGGUGCAUUACAGUCUAAAGGGAAAUGAACAACCACUUCCUUGUCUUUGGGUGUUUUAUAUGCAUUUGGGAAAAGUCCAGGUUAAUGGAAGCAAUCAGUUUUCCCCUGGAUUGAGAGCAAUAUGAAAUUACCGUUUACCAUGGGAUGAACAAGUUGUACACACUUCUCUAGAAUCGGAAUGCUUUCCGGGUAUAUUAAUUGUCUUUGGUUUGAGUCAUAGUUGAGGCAGCGCUGUAAUUAGAUCACGGAAUGCACAGUGUAAAACCACACAUUUUAUGCAGUAUGUUAAAUGAUCGAAAUAACUGGGGCACGGUAUUUUUGUGUUUGUCAUCAGUAAAGGUGUUUAAAAGGGACCAUUUGUGAUUAGGUUUAAGGUGUCUUUGUUUUCUUUUGACUUGUCAAAAAUGCUCCGCAUUCAGUACAUUGUUGCAUAUUGUGGAUGAAAGCUGUACAUUUUUGUCGACAGGUUCAAAACUGAAUUAAAACGAGGUGAGACUUGUUGGGA